AUGCAGGACUCUGGGUCAGUGGCACACGGGCGGCUGGCGUGGCGUGAUGGGGGCGGCAGCUGUGUGUGCCUCAGGGUCACGGAAGCGCCGGCCCACCUGCUCAUCCGCGUCCGCGUACCUCCAAGUUUAAGGACAGCCAGCGUGUCAACCACAUCUCGUGGACGGGCGCCGCGGCUGCCUGUGUGUCUGCUGGUGGCGCUGCUGCUGGCCCCGCCCUCCCAGGGCAACCUGCCGCUGAUCGACCUCUCGACGCAGAUGCGCGCCCUGCUGGUGCCCAGCGACGCACCCGUCGGCUCCGUCGUGUACCGCGUGCUCGCCACUGACUCCGACACGCGCUGCGACUACCCCCUGCACUUCGACAUCACCAGCGCGCCCGCGGAGGGCAGCGACCCGGUGCUGCGCGCGGAGGACGUGCCGUGCACGUGCGCCGACAAGGCGUGCCGCGCCAACGUGGUGCUGGCGCGGCCGCUGGAGGCGGGGCGCGUCUACGAGCUGCGACUGCGCGUGCGCGACACCACGGGAGACGCCACCACCGUGCCGUCCAGCGUGCGCGCCACCAACGCCACCACGCCGCUCCAAACCAUCUUCCCGCACGUGCCCACGCUCGUCAUGGUGCCCGAGGACACCAAGCCAGGAACGGCGAUCGAAUACGUCCUCGUAACGAAUCACCCUAAAUGGAAAAUCCAUCCGGUGCUGGAGAUAUGGGGCUCUCCACUGUUCAGCCUGGGCAACACCUCUCUGGAGUCUGCAUCGACCAUCAGGGCGGAUAUCAUACUCGCUGGGGAACUCGACUUCGAGAAGCAAACGAUGUACAUGCUAACCGUGAUGGCAAUGAACGCCUACGCGGACCCGGAGCUGGACACGCGCAACGUGGCGACGGCGAGCGUCGCGGUGGCCGUGCUCGACGUGCAGGACUCGCCGCCCUACUUCACGCACGCGCCGCCCCUCACCAGGCUCACCAGCGCCGUCAAGCAGGGAGACGCAGUGGUCCGCGUGCAGGCGGAAGACGGCGACCGCGGGCAGCCGCGGGAGAUGCGCUACGGCCUCGUCUCGGAGGGGACGCCGCUGAUCUCCUUCUUCUCCGUCGACGAGCGAUCAGGUGAGGUCCGCCUGCAGAAGCCGCUGCGGGAGCUGUUGUCGGUGACGCACGCACACCAGCCCAUUGUGCUGACCGUGGUGGCCGAGGAGGUGAAGACCGACAUCCAGGAGCCGCCGGCGCUGUCCGCCACCGCGGAGAUAGCCCUGCUGCUUUCACCACCCGAGAACUCGCCCCCGUACUUCGAGACCACGAGAUUUGUGACUCGUAUACCUGAAAACAGCCCUCAAGGGACCACUUUGCAAUUCGAUGACGAAUAUGUGACAGAAAUCAGGGACGAUGACAUGGGUAAAUAUGGCGUGUUUUCCAUUUUCCUGUCGGACAACAUUACAUUCGAGGUGUCGCCCACUGUGGGCGAGCAGAGGGCCAGCUUCCACCUCAGAGUGAGAAACAGCGAGCAGUUGGACUACGAGCAGCGGCACCAACUCAGUUUCCACAUCAUAGCCCAUCAGCUGGGACCAGAUGAAUCAUUAUCUAGUUCGGCAGAAGUCACUGUGUUUCUCAAUGAUGUUAAUGACAAUGCUCCUGUGUUUGACAAAGCAGAAUACCAGGCAGUGGUAAUGGAAAAUAUAUCAGCAGGGUUCUUACUAACUCAGGUGCAUGCUAGCGAUGUGGACACUGGAAUAUUUGGAAGAGUUCGGUACACUCACAUUCUUGGUCUCCACAACAGCUCACUCACACUUGAUCCAGUAAGUGGAGUUGUUCUGGUUGCCACCAGCAAUCAUGGAUUUGAUCGUGAAGCUGCUCCUGAGUUUCAUCUGCAUGUAGAGGCUACUGAUAUGGAUGGUGAUGAAAGAGGGAACACAGCCAAUGUUCCACUUAUCAUUCAUGUCCUAGAUGUGAAUGACAAUGCUCCAGUCUUUGAGAAAGAUAUAUACGAGUUUGUCUUGCGACAAGAUCUAAGUGACUUCACUACACGUGCACAAGUGAAAGCUUUAGAUGGUGAUGCUGAAGCACCUAACAAUGUGGUCCAUUACUCCAUUGACUACAAUACACAGGAUGCAACGAAAUUUCGUAUAGAUAAAAUAACAGGAUUACUGGGACUUCGAGAAUCACUAAGCCACGAAAAACCUACACCGAGGCUAAAGAGAAGUUCCAUCCAAGAUGCAAGCAGCCCAAUUGAAUUUUUCGUGGAAGCACAUGACAUGGGAAGCCCACAACAUCACACACGAUCGUUGGUGCGAGUAUACCCACCACCAUCACCAACAAAAAUGAUGCAGUUUAUAAUUCCUGGACCACUUCCAUCUGAUCGUGCAGAUAUUGAGAAACUUUUGUCUUCCAUGCUGAGGAGCAGUGUCAGAGUUUGCUCUGUCACACCAUAUGAUGAUCACUUGGAACUUCAGGAAGAAAGAAUGUUUGCUCGACAAGAAUUGGCAAAUAAGACACUGAUUAUAGCAGAAGUGCAAUCAAGUGGUGAUACAGUGGUUGAUAUUAGCAAAAUCGCUUCUGUUUUCAAUACUGGUGGAACAGUGCCAAAGCCAGAACUGAUUACAACUACUGCAGCAACAUCAGAAGUAACUAAAGAAGCUAAAGCUGAAAGUAACUCACUCUUCUGGAUCUUAAUUAUAAUGACAAUACUACUCCUGAUUGUCAUCAUUAUUCUUAUAUUGUGCUGCAUGUGUGCUGGCUGCCCUCUCUAUAUGAGCCACAGGAAACAUACUCAAGUGGCAUCUACAGACGAUCAUGUGCAGUUAGUCCUCCACGAGGAAGGUCGAGGGAAAGACACAAAAGCUGUGCAAGCAGAGCUGAGGGUUCCCACCAGAGAAGCAUGGAGUGCCGAUAUGCGGCAGCACCAGUCCUGGAAAUUCAACAGACGAAAUAACACGAAUCGAGACCAAGGAGAAGAGGACUUCCACUCAUUUAGAAGCCUUCCAGGUCCACAUGUUAUCUACACGAGGGAACUUCAAGCGCUACAGCAACAACAUCAAAGAGCUGAGCACGAUAAAGAUGUUUUUGUAGAAGAUAUCGAAGGCGGUCAGUUAGAAGGUCCACGAGAAUUACGGCUUAAGAAUGAUACUGAUUUAGAUGCUGACUCAAUACGUCGGCAUGAAAUGGAAAGGGGCUCAGAUAUUGGCAGAGGUGGUGCAGAUACACUUGAGCGACAGAGGGUUCUGAGGGACAGGAAAAUGGUUGGCACGCAACAUUUGCAUAAUGCUGAUUUUAAGAAAAAGGAAGCUGCAUAUUCAGAAAGAGCUAAUGACCACGUACGAAAUCCAGGUGAUGCUGCCUACCACAGAAGUGAUCCCGACCAUGGCACAGUCCAUUUUUCAAAUGCAUACAAUAAUACAGUGUAUGUCCAUGGUCAAACAAACAAUUUUGCAACUGAUGAAGUCAUCUUAAGAAGAAUAAACAACUCUGAAACAUCACAUCAUAUUCCAGGAGAUCAGCAAACAAGUGAUCCUCAUCAAGUGAAUGAUCUGCACGGGGCACAUAUAUUGGUAGCUGCUGACGAAUUAGACUUAAGAAGAUUAACAGAAACUCGGAUACCCGAGGGUUAUCGCCUUAUUUUAGAAAGAACAAGUCCACAAGAUGAUAGUGAUAACAAAACACCAGUGGGAAGGGAACAAUAUUUCAUUCAGGAAGGAAACGCAGAAAUUUUGCGCCUUGUAACACGAGGGCGGUCUGACGAAGAAAAUAUUUCCCUGCAACUUCAAAGGCCUUCAACAUUUCUCCCGGCUACUGAACAACACAUCCGAAUUGAAAAUGGCAAGGAAAUCAUUAUGCAACGCUUCAUGCAAGAUCAACACAACAAUACACCUCAAAUUAGUUCAUUACAGCGGGACAAUAUUAAAAUGAAAAAAGAGAUGGAGGAACCUACUAGUAGAAGUACUGGUGAAGGAAAUUUAAGUGGAAGUUUACAAACUGUAAUAGCUGCCCAUGAAGUCUGCUUACAAACUGAACAAGUUAACAAUGGGCACAGAGAAAUAACUAGAAAAGGAGAUAUCACUCCACAGCUCCAUGAAAAUGACAAACAUAUUCAAGAUGAUGUGAGAAUGAGAGCGGGUCACAUUUUACAGCCAUAUUCUGUACUUGGUGGAGCAAUUAGUGAAAGUCAGGAUACACAGAGUUUGCCAGCUCAGUACUCCAUGGCUACACAAACAGAUGUCGAUAUAGGGACACAAACAGAUCCCGUACCAAGACGUGCCAUAAGUGACAAUGAUGAUUCAUUCACUGAAGAAGAGGAAGACUAUGUGGACUACUCCUCAGUAGUCCUUAUCAAAAAACCUGGCAGUGGAAAAGGAAUUCGGUGGGUCAGAAGGAAUGAAAGCAAGAAAAAAAAUGUCAAGACUGAACAUCAGAAAAAAUUCAAGGAUGGGCACCAUCCACGUAGAGUUUAUGUGAAGACACCCAUCAUGGAAGAAACGGAGAGUUCUCUAGAACUUGCUGAGCAACACACAUCUGCAGCACAGGCGCCAGAAGAUACUGCAGCUACAAGCAAUUAUACUGAAAACAAGUCUAGUAUGCUUAGACGGCAAAAAAUAAAAAGUAAAAUAUUGUCUAAUGUCUCUGAACAAGAACCAGUGACAACAGAAAGAAAAAAGAAGAAGUCAGAAGUGCUGGAACAUGAAGAGGAAUCAUUAUCAGAUUCUUUAGAAGAACAGUCACUGUCUAGAGACAAAGAUGAUGAGAAUUACAAAAAAGAUAGAAGAAAACAUCAGUCCAAACAACAUUUCCAAAGAAACUCCGAGUCUUCAGAUGAGGAUCAUACACCUGAAAAGAAGGAACCAAAUGAACAUAAGGCAUCAUCAAAGGCAAAAGAUAAGAGGGGUACAGGUAAGAAGAUAGAAUUUGAUUCAGAUGUUAGAUUUUACUAUCGAAAAUCAUCCAGCUCUGUUCACAGCAGUCCUGAAAGAUGGAUCCAAGUAAAACCAAACCGACCUAGAAGCAGGUCCCUAUCAAGUCAUCGAGCUACAGAAGAACAGAGUGAAGGAACAGACCAUGAACUACUGGAUAAACUGAAGAGACCAGGUAUUAAAACUGAAAAAAGCUUUAAAGAUAAUGAUGCCUAUAACAGUGGCGAUGCACAAAUGGAGCUUUCUCGUACAAAGUCUACAUCUGAACUUCAAAGAAUAAAGAAAGCUGAGAGUUCAGCAUCACAACAAACAGUCAGAGCCAAGUCAGUGAUGGAUAAAAGACCUGCUCCUGUUACAAAUUCUAGUCAGAAAUUGGAUGUUGGUGGAUCAGCUGUGAGAAAUUCUCGUUACAUGGAUUGGUACAAAACUAAAAAAGAAGAAAGAGAAAGAAAGAAAAAAGAAGAGGAGGAAAAGAAACUAAAUCAGACAAAGAAACGGAAAGUAAAGUCAACUGUUACCAAACAUCCUGACACAAAACAAAUUUCUGAUACUUCCCAAUCCAAAUCAACAUCAGAAGUGGAAGAUAAAACAACAACACCUUCCUUGAGCCACAGUGAGAACUCUGAUAAAAUUAAUCCACAGAACCCUGAAGAAAACAAAUCUACAACUCUCAAACAAAAUGAAGUUAAGCCAGAGGAUGACCUCGACUCUGGUAUUGCAAUGUCAUCUCUUUCCACACAAACUCAGGCCAGUGCAACAAACAAGAAACGACGACAUCAGGAACUCCUUGAGAAAAAGAGUGUAUUUGCAAUUGCAUAUAACGAUGUCCAUACUGAGCAACUUAGGCCAGACACUUCCUCACCCUCUUAUUAAUAAAAUUCGUUUUAUCAGACUGUUACAAAGACUUCUGAUGCUGUUAGUGUUUAAUAUUUCAUACAUAAGACUGUAUAAUUUUUUGA